ACAACAGUACCUAAGUUAGUUCUGUAAAGUCACGUGAUUUCUGGGAAAAGGAACGUCCCCUUCUGCUCUGCGAGGCAAGUAAACAACUUCUGGAUUUCCAGUCAAAGUGCUAUGCGGGGGUGCGCUCAGCUGUAGUUAGGAAACGGAGGAAACGCAACCUAAGCUAUGGCAUCUGGGAAAAUUCGCUCCACGCGCAGACUACGCGCUUGGAUGGUAGAACAGGUCAGCAGUGGGAAGUACCCUGGCCUGAUAUGGGACGACGACGACAAGACCAUGUUUCGUAUACCAUGGAAACAUGCCGGGAAACAAGAAUUCCGCAGCGAAGUGGAUGGUGCCAUCUUCAAGGCGUGGGCAGUGUUUAAGGGGAAGUUGUCUGAGGGGUGUCAUGCGGACCCUGCCUCCUGGAAGACGCGGCUGCGAGUUGCUCUCAAUAAGAGCCCGGAGUUCAGAGAGGAACCUGAGAGGUCACAGCUGGAAAUAUCCGAACCAUACAAAGUCUACCGCCUCGUACCCAUCAACGAACAAGCAUUGGGGAGUGUUGACAUGAAGGUCCAAGCCAGAGCAGGGGGGAGGAAGAGAAGGAACCGCAAUUCAGACAUCGAGGCAGAGGAAGAGGUGGUGAAGGUCAAGCAGAUGAAAGAGGUUACCACCUCCCUACCAAUCACCAUGUCUGUUCAGGAGAUUGAGGAAAGUGUUCUUACAAUCCAGCUAGACCAGGUUGAUCAGCCCUCGGUCAUGGUGAAGAGUGCUGGGACAGUCAAUGAGAUCCAGGUGAACUUCACGAUCGAGACCGUCCCUCCACCUGGAGCCCGGGACUCUUUCCAUGUCUUAGUGAAGUACAUGGGAGAGGAGGUGCUUAAACGUGGGGUCAUGGGCAGCGAUGUCCGGAUCGCCUAUCUGCCCUCGUCGCCCGUUCCCCCCACCCUGAUGGUGGCUGGGUUCCCCCGCAUCCCCCUGCCCGACCCCCCUUCCACCUUGACCUCCAGCAUCGGGCCCCAGUUCCAGGUCCUCUCCACCCUGCUGCCCUUCAUGGAGAAAGGGGUGAUCCUGACCUCCACGAGAACAGGGGUCUAUGCUAAGCGCUACUGCCAGGGCCAGGUGUUCUGGACAGGGCCACAUUCAGCCACGGCGGGACCGCACAAGAUGAACCAUGCUGUGGAGCCCGUGCGGCUCUUCGAUAGAGAGGCUUUCAGAAUGGAGCUAGACCACUUCAGCAGCCACGGGGGAGACCCUCCUCAGUGUGGCUUCACCUUGUGUUUCAGUGACAAAGAGGACCCAUCCAGCAAACUCAUCAUCACACAGAUAACCCUACCCUGGGCUCAGCAGCAGGUCAAGGAAGCUGAAGACUUCCGGGAGUCAAUGAGCUACUUCCGCAACAUAACCAACGAAUCAGGAGAGGUCACCAUCAACCUGGUAUCAGGUUCAUUGCUAUCCGAGAUCCUUGGGACGUCCCUACCUUAAACCCUAAACAUUUAAAAAUGUCAACUUCAAAUGGGGGCGGGAUAGCACGUAAAAGUGGCCUUUAGCAUCCAAUCACAGGACAUCUUGUAUAAUUGACUAGUCUUUUUUUAAAUGAAGCACUCUGAUCUGAUACUAAGGUAUACACAUGAUGCACUAAAUACUUGUCUGAAUAGCACUACAUGGAAUGGAAGAUGUAACUUUGGCUUUGCCCUCAGUAUUGCCCUUUAUCAACUUGUGAUGUUAUACUGAUGUUCCAAACUCACUUUUAUAUGGAGUCAGAUAAUUCUACUCCUUGUUGCAGUCUUUGAAUGCUGACUGGUACUGCGUCAGACACCUCUCCGUGUCCAAAUGUUGCUUACAUAGGUGUACCUGUUGACCAAGUUGUUUUAAGUUGCAUAUGAGAGAAACACUGACAGGCUCUGAAGCCAUAGUAGGCUGAAGGUCAGUGAUUUGAUCAUCACCAUGCCAACCGUUAUGAGGCGGGAAACAAACUUGCCUUCCAUUUCUGAAAGUGGUAACACACAUUUCUAUAGAGGACAUUAAUAUUCCUAGACUUUGAAGCAGGCUCCUUCACUAGAGACAUUGGACUCUUAAAUGUGUUUGCAAGUAUGUAUUCAAGCGCAAGUGACUUUGUUUAUCUUCUCUCCAUAAGUCAGCACUUAACACUAACUUCCUACGGUUGGGACUAGUAAUGAGAUUGGCCCAGUUUUGCAUGGCAGGUCAAUUUACAGGUUUACGCAAUUAGUAAAUUACACAAGCCACAGUAUAAAGCAGGUGUGGAGACUGUUCUGGGGUUAUGGUGUGUGGAGACUGUUCUAGGGAUCAUGUCUGAAAGGUUGUUUUCUGCACCUUUGAACUGGCAAUCUGUUGUUCGAUCUUGCUCUAUUGCACAAAUCAAGUAUGUUUAUAUAUAAGGUCUACUUAAUCCUUUAAGUGCACAAGGUGAUGGCCGGCCUCAGACUUUUUAAUCUGUUAGUAUUGUGCGAAUGGAUAUUUAUAUGAACAUAGCACAUGAACACUUGAAGUAGUUUGUAGAUGUAGUUUAAUAAAUGUAUAUAAGGUUACACACUGAAAGCAGUGGGACAGGAUGCACAUAAUGUGAUGCCAUUAGCAGUCAGUGAACUAUGAGCACAGCUUUGUCAGUUGUAAGUGGGAUAACAACAUGGCUACUGGGUUUGACAAGGAACACUGACUGAUAGACCGGAAGACUGCACAGAUUUGUCAAACUGUAAAUAUUUGUUAUUUAUGCUUGUCUUUUAUUCAAUGUUCUGUCUGACCGCAUUAAAUGUAUUUCAUAUUA